UGGGAUUUAUUAGAAGUAGCGUAGUAAUCCAACGACGUAGUCCACUACGCAUGUCAACUAGUACUUGAAUGUAAAAUGGUAUUUUCUCAACAUGUCUUAACGCAAGGUCUGCUCCUUUUUAACCUGUUUGACCAUAAUACUUGUUAUGAUCACAAACGUUUGCAUUGAUUAGAUUUUGCCUUAUAAGUCUAUAUACAGUUAUUAACAUUUUAUCUAAAUCGGCGUCAUUUGCAUUUUCUCCAUGAAAUGGAAAAUAGUGGCCUUAGCUUAGGUUGCUGUGAAGAGGAGAAGAUCUAUGCGUCCCAGCUGGACUCGGCACAUGGAGCCACUGCUUGGGGCAGUAAUCAAACGAACUUGUCGGAACUGAACAACUUGUCUACAAUCACUAAAGAUCACCAGGUCGUAUCUACCACCACCAAAAUUAUCGAACGAGCCGGAAUCAAAGAAAACACAUUACCAAAUGGCAAGAUAAAACAUAGAACAGAUGAAAACGGACUGAUUAACCAUGUCUUACCUGAUGGAUUGCUCGGCCCUAACGGCGAAGAGGAAUAUGAUUGUUGUACUUUAAAUAGUGUUAGUUGCAAUCCUGAUUGCAGUCAUAAUGAAAGCGACACGGGCAUUUUGUCUUGUCAGUCCGGGGUAGAAGAGAUUAAAUCGUCACGCGACCAUGACGAUAACCCUUCCAAUCGGCAAGAGGUUAUGGACAGUGUAAAUAAACAACUGAAUAACCUUAACAUUUCUAAGGACAACACAUCUACUGUUGCCAUAUCUUCGGGACCUGAGACGGCAGUUGUAGAUGAUGCAUGUGCUAAUACUGUCGCUACAGAAAGCCAACUGGAGUAUCGCGUUUACGAAUGUGAACUCCAGAUGGCCGAUAUUAUGCGAUUGAUUACCAAGGAUCUCUCUGAACCUUAUUCGAUAUAUACAUACCGAUAUUUCAUUCACAACUGGCCAAAAUUGUGCUUCCUGUGUAUGGAUGGCAGUAAAUGUGUUGGUGCCAUAGUUUGCAAAUUGGACAUCCACCAAGGAGUUAUAAGAAGAGGAUAUAUAGCUAUGCUUGCUGUUGAUGCUGAGUAUAGACGGCGGAAAAUUGGCUCCAAUUUAGUUCUAAAAGCCAUUAGAGCAAUGCUUGCUGAUGGUUGUGAUGAGGUGGUAUUAGAGACUGAAAUCACAAACAAAGCUGCUCUUAAACUAUAUGAAAAUCUCGGAUUUGUAAGAGAUAAACGGCUUUUUCGAUAUUAUUUGAAUGGAGUGGAUGCUUUACGGUUAAAACUCUGGUUGAAAUGAAAGGAAUAAAUUAUUCUUGACGGG